CAUCGAUAGCGCAGAAUGCAGUGACAACCCUAGGAAGCAUUCCACAGUGUUUUGUUGUUUUUUUGUGCAAGCGACGCAUUAACCGUGUUCUAUAUACAAAUCGGGCAUAUAUAUUUAUAUAUAUCUACCAUAUCGGAUUGCAAAGACCCCAAAGCUCAAGGAAAAUCCCCUGACACCGGACACCUGACCAGGAUUCCCCAAGUGGAGUCAUCUUCAAACAGCUGUGAAAAAGGAACAAAGGAGGAGCACAACAAACACACGCAUACACACGUACGUACUCGGGAGAGCGAGCGAGACGGGGUGCGACCAGAAGAGCGAGUGAGGUAGAGGAGGGAGCACAAUGGGACGCAUUUUCUUGGAACAUCUUGGGGGUCUGAAACUCUUCAAUUGCGCCCAAUGCCACACGAACCUGACCAACCGCAGUCAAUUGAUCAGUACCCGAUUCACAGGCGCAACAGGACGCGCCUAUCUGUUUAAGCGUGUGGUCAACCUGACCUUCAGCAACAUCCAGGAACGGGUCAUGCUCACGGGUCGCCACAUGGUGCGCGACGUUAUGUGCAAGAAUUGUGGAGCCAAACUUGGCUGGAUGUACGAGUUCGCCACCGAAGAGUCACAAAAGUGGGUAAACGCGGAUAGGCAGCUUGUCACUAGGGAUUCUGGGUUAUACAAGUAGUUAGUAGUUACUAACUUCAUGUGGAAGAAAUAUCCUUUGAAUGAACUUUCUGCGACUGCCACCACACAAGACAUCUUACUAAUGCUCCAAUUUAUCUCUUAGAUACAAGGAGGGUCGCGUUAUCCUGGAGUACGCCCUGAUCACAGAGGCAGAGGGCUUUCCGUCGGAGGCCGCCACCACGAGUCAUUGAGCCGAUUGAAUAUACAGCCGGAAAACGGGAACCACGCAUUGGCGAACCUUGUGUAGCCCUAAGUAUUGAGUAGAUGGCCACAGGCGAUGGCCUCUAUGCAUUAGACCUAGAUUAGAGAUCGCCGUAGUCGGCUCCGGUGUUCGGGAUACCGAAGACCGAUAUAUCGGUUGCACAUCCGCCACGGAGCACAUGCGACUACGGCCCUGUCUUAACGUGACUUAAACGUAAUUGUAGGCACAUCUAGCACGUAAGCAGCUGCGGCGCCCAAUUCUACCAUUUAAAUGUCAUGAGGCUGAAGUGCUAAAACGAAAAAGAUGGGCUGCUACUCAGCUGGAACAUAUUCGAAACUGAUGAUCCACACUUGUCUUUUUCAAACAAGAUCUCUAGGCCGUAAUCAAUCAGCAAUAAAGUACCACAAUAAUCGAAUAGU